GAACUUUAAUAAAGUCGCGCCCGCAGAUUUAUUUGGCCGAAUGUUUUGCAUUUUAUGCGAUAGUGAUUUUAGCUUAAUCGCUCACUAGUAACAGUCGCAGUUGUAAAUCGUUGGUGAUCCAGUACGGUGUAACGUCGCGACGUUCAUGUUUUCUCAUAUUUUGCCUUAUAUUUUUUACGCAAUUUUAUUUGUUGCUUUCCCGCUUGUUUGUUGGAUUCGACGUUAAUUUGCAACUGUAGUCAUCUCACAUUUAUUUAUGUUGAUAGCACGCUUGCGCUAAAUCGCCGCAUUUCGUCGCUGAACGUCAACGUCAUUCGCUAGCAUUACUGAAAUCGCAUAUCGUUUAUUAAAAAAAAUGUAAAUAAAUAAAUGGCACAACGUCCUCUUUGCAUGCCGAUUUUAUGAAAACCACUACUGUAGAAUAUAAGUCUACAUUGAUGCGCAUAAAGUGCAAAUUGAUUGCCAAAACUAAUAUUUUCAGUAUUUCCAAACGAAUAUACCUAUUCAAUAUAGAAAAUUCAAGUUGUGUGAUAUAAUGCCAAUAAUGUUAACUGAAAGUGAGAAUUUUUAUAAAUUUUGGCGUUUAUGCUGCUUGUUAGUCGCCUACAGUGUCAUGUGUCAAGGCUUAAGUGCACAAAUCAAGUCCAGAUACAAGCCUAUGGGAGUGGAUUUGUUCGACCAUGAAUUCAUGAGUGCUCCAGACUCAUUGAGCUCUAACAUAGAGGACUGGGACGAUAGUGAAACUGAGAUUGAUGAUCCUGAAACAGUGCCACGCCUCUAUCAAGGCGACAUUGCCAUUGAUCCUUAUACUUACAUAUCACUUAGGCUUGGCGUUAAUCCCAUGAAACAUCCGAAACGUGUGUGGCCUAACGCCACUAUUCCUUUCGAAAUUAGCCACUUAUACACAAACAAUGAACGUAUGGCCAUACAACGCGCCCUAAACACAUUCAAUUCCUUAACUUGUAUUAAUUUUAUACCCUUUGACGGCGAGGAGGAAGAUUACGUAUUAAUUACACCGCCAGUAGAUGAUGCACCGCCCGGUUGCUGGUCGUUUGUAGGAAAGCGCGGUGGAGAACAAAUAGUAUCAUUGCAGCAACCUGAUGAGAAUAGCGCACACUGUUUCAGCAGCGAGGGACGCAUUAUGCAUGAACUUAUGCAUGCGAUUGGCAUCUAUCACGAACAGUCACGAGCGGAUAGAGAUAAUUUUGUUAAAAUUCAUUGGGAAAAUAUUGUUCCAAAAUAUCGGAAAAAUUUUAAACUGAUUUCUAAAAAGAAAGGCAAACAGACGUUCGAUUACGAUUACAAUUCUGUAAUGCAUUACGGCGAAUUCUACUUUAGCAAAAAGAAAGGGGAGAAGCCGACUAUGACACCAUUGCAACCGGGUGUACGUAUAGGUCAACGGAAAACCAUUAGCAAAACGGACUGUCUAAAAAUAAACGAUUUAUAUGGUUGUUUAAAUGGUAGGCAUGCCCGAAUGUACAAAAGUUUCUGCAAUCUAUUGGGACUUUAAAUAUAAGCUUAUGGUUAUUUAAUUACUUUUUAAUAUUUAUGUACACAGUAAAAAUAAAAUAUUGUUAUUCACUAAUUUUAAGAACUUAAAUCAUAUUGAUUUACCAGAUGCUAAUAUAAAUAGAUGAAUAAUUGGAAUAAAACGAUAAACGAAAACAAUUUUCCAAUUAUUUAGUUUAAAAAGUGAUUUAUCACUGGUUAGUAAUUAUUUCCCAGUUAACUGCUAACCAACACACAGCUGAAAGUUUUAGCAAUGAAAAUAUUAAGAAAUAAAAUUUUGUUUACAUCAUUCAAAUCAUUUAGAUCGAAUUUAUUGAAAAAGUAGAUAGCAUAACACUGCAAAGGCAACCCUAAUAUUUCAUUUCUUUGAAUUUGCUUAUUUUCCUUUUGAAUAUGUACUUAGAGUUAGUCGUUGAGUCGUUUAUAAAAAAGCUUUGCAGUAACACGUUGAUUUUUUUCGGCUCUGUUACCCUUCUUUAUAUGCCUGUAAAAUAAGUUUGACUACUUCAACCAGCAUGAUU